AUGCUAGUUCUCAGAGAGGUUCUGUCAGCCCUGACUCCCAUAGAUCAGUCAUCAUUCAGAAUCAGGAAAAGCUCAUUCACGCAGCCUGCAUCUCCAUCCCCUUCACGAAAAUCUGAUUCUCGUAGCCCUGCUAAUAGCAUAAAAUCAAAUAAAAGUCACACUUCCAAUAGAAGUAGAAGCAAAAGUAGAAGUCCUAGCAGAAGUAGAAGUCAUAGCAGGAGUCUAAGUGAAGGUAGAAGUAGGAGUCAAAACAAAAGUAAAAGCCGCAGCAGGAGUAAAAGUAGAAGUAGGAGUAAGAGCAGGAGCAGAACUAUUCAUGAAAGAAAAACAUUAAGCAGGAGCAGAAGUCCAAGUAAAGGUAGAAGUCAAAGCAGAAGCAGAUCACGAUCUGUUCAAAGUGCAAGAUCAGAACGAUCUAGACAUUCUAAUAAAAGUGGUUCUCGUAGCAGAUCCCAAAGCCCUACUGAGUCACAAGCAUCACACAGGAGUGACAGGUCACAAAAGAGUAAAGAUAAAGAUGGCCAACCAAUGUCAGAGGAUAGUGAUAUUGAUGUCAAAGCAAAAAGAAAACGUGCCGAUCUAUCCAGUGAUUCCGGUUCUGGUUCUGAUACAAAGAAAAAGGGGAAAAAAGUUAAAGCUGGAAGAAUAGAUUCUGAUAGUAGUGAUAGUGACGGGAAAGCAAAAGAUGACACAGUUACUGCGGAUGCUCUUUUUGGAGAUGCUGAUGACAUCAGUAGUGAAGAAGACAAGGGCAGAAAGUCUGAUGCAAGAGAUAGUGGGAGUGAAAGUGAUCGAAGAGCUGAUUCUGAUAGAGAAGAACGUGCCAGAAGUGAUGAUGAAAGAAGAAGGAGUUCAGAUGAUGAGGGAGAGCAAUCAACACAAAGAGUUACUACAUUAGAAGAUUAUGAAGAACCAGAGCCAGAACCUAUCCCGGAGACUAGAAUUGAUGUUGAAAUACAAAUUAGUAUAGAUUUGGGUCGGGAGCUACAUUUUGUGAAGUUGCCAAAUUUUUUAUCUGUUGAACCUAGGCCUUUUGAUAAAGAUACCUAUGAAGAUGAAAUUGAUGAAGAAGAAACUCUUGAUGAAGAGGGUAGAGCCAGAUUAAAAUUGAAAGUAGAAAACACAAUACGAUGGAGAGGUUUUGAUAAAGAUGGAAAUAUUGUUAAGGAAUCUAAUGCUAGAUUUAUCAAAUGGUCUGAUGGUAGCUUGAGUCUUCACUUGGGUUCUGAAAUUUUUGAUGUUUAUAAGCAACCUCUGCAGGGAGACCACAAUCAUCUAUUUAUUCGACAAGGAACUGGUUUGCAGGGUCAAGCUGUUUUCAGAAAUAAAUUGACUUUCCGUCCACAUUCUACAGAAUCAUUUACGCAUAGAAAGAUGACAAUGUCACUGGCAGAUAGGUCACAAAAAACCACUGGUAUCAAAAUUCUUUCACAAGUUGGUCAUGAUCCUGAUGCAGAUAGGAAGUGGAAUUUGAAGAAAGAGGAAGAGAAGCUCCGACAAGCCAUGCGAUCAUCACGUCCAACAUCAAAACCAAAACGCAGUAGGGACUCUGCUGCUCACACAGCAUUUCGUGAAGAUGAGGGAUCUGAAGAUGAAGGAGCCAUUUCAAUUGCAGCUAUCAAAAAUAAAUUUAAUAAACCAAAAAAUGCUGGUGGGGCAAUAUAUUCUUCUGAUGAAGAUGGUUCAGAUUUUGAAGACAAAGCCAAGAAAACUGAUAAAACUAAGGCAUUGCAGGAUUCUGAUGAAGGCAGUGCGGCUAGUGGAAGUGGUGAUGAUGAUGCUGAUACUUCUAACAAAUCUGGUGCUGAUAAUGAUUCUAAUAAGUCAGAUGAUGAUUAG